GCGCUCAGUUUGUCAUUUGCACGCGCUUACGCCGGUUGGCCGACCAACAAAAACAAGGCUACAGAAACCAACUGACCGCUCGCGUGUCUCGAUUUAGUGCGCUGAUUUCACUGCUAAUAUAAAUAAAUGCGAAUAUUUACUUGGCGCAAUUUACGACUAAGAUAAGAAACACCUUCGUAGAUAAGACUGGAACGAAUCGGGGGCUCCAUCGGCAUUUUCACGGAACGCUUACGGCGGAGAGCAGUGCAAAACGGAGAACGGAUGGUAAACACAACUGGAAAAUGAACAAAGAGUGGGCCACAAAAUAGGCGAAAUACAGAAGAAGAGCGAACGGCAGAAGUUAAUAUGAGUGAAUAAUUGGCCAACGGCGGUUCAGUUGAGAAACCAUGCGGAAUAUCAGAAAUCUCAAGGAUCCCACGGCACCGCCGACAUGCUUCCUCCUCCUCCUCCUGCUGCCCAUCCUGCUCUCCAUUUCCGUCCAGGCGGAUCCGGCGAAGGUGGUUUGUCGGGAGUACGGAACCACCAUCACCUGCGACUGCAAUAACUCCGACCAGCCCAUGGUGUUGCCAUUGCUGCAGGGAAGCGUCUACCUGGUGGAGAUCCGCAACUGCCGCGACCUUGUGGUGGAGGCCAAUCGACUGGCGGACACGAUGGGCCUGCGCAAGGUGACCUUCCACCAGGUGGGCCAGCUGGUGCUCAAGGAGCACGCCCUGAGUGUGCCGCGAUAUGCCAGCAACAAGGCGCUGAUCGUGGAGUUCGAGCAGACGAACCUCCAGCUGAUCGAGUCACAUGCCAUCAACGCCAACAUCGAGGAGAUCUCAUUCGUGGGCGGGCGCAUCGAUCUAAUGAAGCCAUUCGGGUUCACCACCACCAAGGACAGUGCCAUAUUGUUCAAGUUGGACGGGGUCACCAUCCAGCGCAUUGAAAGUCAGGCCUUUAAGAAGUUUGCCGUAGAGCAAAUGAUUAUAGCCAACUGCCAAUUCCUGGGCAAUGUGCCCACGCGAGCCUUCUACGAAGUGGAGGUCACCAACGAGCUGAGUCUGAGGAGCAAUCACUUCCAGGAGGUUCACUCCCAUGCCUUCUCCUUCAAGCUUGUAUCCAAGCUGAGUUUAAGCGACAACCACUUUUUAUCAGUGGAUGGCGAGUGGUUGGAGGCCCAAAUCCGGGAUGCAGUGUCCAUUCGGGGGAACGAUUUCGGGUCCACCAGCGAGAUCGCCUUCCGCAGCCUCACUGUUCACCGGUCGUACCAGUUGAGCGAUCACCUGGAGCUGCGAUUCCACAACAACAGUCUGCGGAGUUCUCGUCCAGGAUCGGAUCCGCGAACAGAAGGCCCCGGAGUGACACCCGUGGCACCUCAACCGCUGCGAUUCGACGAUAGUUUCGCUUUGAGCAUCCGUGAUCUGCGGUACGAUAACUCCUGGAACUGCGAUCAGUUGGACAGAAAUGUGGAGCCUCCGUUGCCACGUUCGGAAUUCUUUCGACUGCACAGCGAUCAGUUGAUGUUCCAUCCACCGGAUUUCGUGGGCAAUUCCGGCGGAGCAAUCCAGCCAUAUGUGCCACUGCGAUCCCUGAUCACGGAUCAGUGUCGGGAGCACAGCUAUAUGGCCUACAUCAUCUCGGGAAGUGUUCUGCUGGGACUACUGCUGCUCCUGCUGAUCCUGUUGCUCUGGUGGCGAGUGGUGCAAAGACGACGACGCCGCAAACUGGACGUUGUGCAGCCGGAACCGCGAACGUACAAGGAGACCCAGAUCGUAUACCAAAUCGAGAACGCUGGCCUGCUAAAGACUGAUUUGUAGACGCCAAGGAAAGACACUUGGGGAGUUUGUUGGGGUUUCCAUUUCGAGGGGGUUUAUUACCACUAAGAAAUGUAGUUCCCCUAACAGAACCUCUGGAAAACAGAACACACCCACAGAGACACAGAGCUGAAUGAAGCUAGAGGAGCGGGCGGUGGGGUCACCACCCACCACCCAUCGUACGAAACCACCAAUGCGUGACCUUUCGCUGUACCAAAACCAUAGCCAACAUAGUUAGUCGUUAAAUAUCUUAUUCUAGUUACGCAUAACCCGUAAUAUUCGUCAGUCGUAAGUGGACCAAUGUAAAUAGUCGCAAUUAGGCUGGGAUCUUGCCCACAACUAUCCAGGGUUCGCCAAAGCCCAUCAAAUACGUAUAAUAAAUAAAUCAAUCUUAAGCCAAA